AUGCCUGGCGCCGUGGCCUCCCCGAUGGACACAUCAGGCGGUCCCGCCAACGCCGCGCAUCCAGCGGACCUGGACGCAACCGCUCAACCCCGCGCGCCGCAGCAAGUGUUGAUCACCAAUUUCAUGGCGCCUUCAGCUGCUCCUGCUGCCGCCGCCCCCUCCACCGCCCUCGCUCCCCCGAGCUCGAGUGCAAACCUCUCUCAACAACAGCAUCCCAGCUCCCAGCCCACCGCGGCGAGCUCGAACGCUGCGUCGUCCUCGCACGCGGCGCCCUCAAUGAGCUACGCCAGCGCAGCCUCCCGCCGAACAACGGUUGACCAUGGAGGCCUCGUACCUCCCUUGGACUUUACGUCCCUGCCGGAGUUCUACAAGGAUACCGUGUUCAAAAUCUACAAGAGAGAACAUCCCACUCUGGAUCUGACCGCGCUUGCCAAUGCUGCUCGCUCCCAAUUCAACCCCCAGCCCAUCAUUAUCGAGAGGGCUGCUUACUUCCUUUUCACGGUGACUCGAGCGGAUCACGCUAGCACCCUCGCCUUAAGCGGCAUUACGGUUGGCAAGGCCACCAUCAGGCCGUCCACACCUGUUUUCACCUUUCAGGUCCAUUUCCGCAACUACCCAUAUGCCACUCCUGCAGAGAACCUCUGCAAGAUGUUCUCCAAGGCUUUGGGAAUCAACUUCUCUGAGCUCAAGUUCACCCUUACCAAAGACGGGUUCAACGACGGCUCCGGGCACCUGGUGGCCUUCGGCGACGAGUCGCAGCUGAAGGAGUAUGCCAAGCGAGUUCCCUAUUCCAUCGCCAUCGGCAAAGAUGACCAUGUCUUCCUCUCCUGCAAAAACCAACUGCAUGGCUGCUGCUACUGCAAGACCACCGAGCACACCAGAGAAAAGUGCACCCAGGCCCCGGCGUGUAGCUGGUGCCUCGGCAAGGGCCUCUCCGGCCACCACAACCCCAGGUUCUGCAGCCACAACCCCAGCAAGCUCAAGAGGAAGCGCGGCUCUCGUUCCAGCGCGCACCCCCAGCGCACUGCUCACGCUGUCUCCGCGAGCCAAUCAUCUCAGCCGUCGACCUCAGCGUCGGCCACGAGCACCUCAAGCCUCGCACCAUCUCAAUCCAUUGCGCAGGCUCUUCUCUCCUCUGCGACCGCUCCUGGCGCUGCCUCUAACGUAGCAGCCCGUCAGGCCGCAUCAUCUCCCUCCUCUGCCGCGCCUGCUGCCGCGGCUCCGGCACCGUCGGCUGCUGGCCCUUCUGCUCCCUCGGGUGCGCCUGCCUCUGCGUCUGGCCCCUCCCGCACGGCUGCGCCCACGGCCCCAGCUGCCGCACCAGCCGACUCGGACGCUGCGCGCAUUCGUGCAAACUCGACCGGCGCUGCAGUGGCCCACCCCAGGCCCGCUAGCGCCAGCACUCCAUCUGCGAGCUCUAGGACUCCGUCCGCCAGCUCCACGCCAACUGUGUCUCGCAGCCGUGCCGGGUCUAUUUCCAUUUUCCCCCAGUGGUCGCUGUCAUCGAGCGCCUCCACUCCCUUUUCGGCGGGGGUGCACACAGCGAUGCACCCGUCCACAGCGUCCCAGUCGCAGUCUGAGGGCCUCGCCACUCCCUCAUCGACGCGCGUCCGCCUCCACUCGGCAGACAGCUCUCCUGAAGGUCACGUCAACAAAAGCCGUCGGGUCGACCAUUCCGAGUCCACCACGCAUGUUGAGCAGUCCUCCUCGCAGGUCACCAGCCUGCCAUCCGACCAAUCCUCCGCGCCUCCCGGCGCUCCGGAUGAAGAUGUCG